GAUCCAAAAUGGCCGCUGUUGUAUUUUGACGUAAAAUAGCUAGCUACUUUUCUUUUUGUUUCAUUCUUGGUAGAAAAAACUAGCAAACGACAGACUAUUUGGUGGAACUGUACCUUACCAGUCUCCACAUAUUGGCGUCCUAGUUUUUAUCUCAAAGACAAUCAUAGCUGACAUAUAUUAGUUGAACGAGUUAGACUAUGCAUAUUUAGUUCUGAGAAAAGCUAGCUAGCUGGCUCUGGCUGGCAUACAUUAAGCAGUUGAAAGUGAAAUAGCUAGCUAACUUAGCUGCGAUGGAGGAGUUGAGCGCAGAUGAGAUUCGCAGACGGAGACUGGCACGAUUGGCAGGGGGACAGACAUCACAGCCCAGCACCCCUCUCAGUACCCCCCUGACAUCCCCACAGAGAGAGACUCCACCUGGACCCCUCCCUGGACCCUCAGGUGCCCCAACCCAGCCCCUGCCACCAGCUGCCUCUCAAUCAUUGGGGCUCAAUGUCCACAGUGGUACCCCUGCUACAUCCCCCAUGGGCACCUCUGGGGUGGCAUAUGGGAGUCAGAGCAGCGAGGGUGUGAGCUCCCUGUCCAGCUCCCCCUCCAACAGCCUUGAGACUCAGUCUCAGAGUUUGUCCCGAUCGCAGAGCAUGGACAUUGACACUGCCUCCUGUGAAAAGAGCAUGUCCCAGGUGGAUGUGGACUCAGGGAUAGAGAACAUGGAGGUGGAGGACAGUGAUCGCAGGGAGAAGAGGAACUUGACUGAAAAGGAAACCUCUGCAAACUCAGAUGUAUCUGAGGAACAGGCUCUGCAGCUCAUGUGUAAGAUCCUCCGCGUAUCGUGGAAAGAGCAGGACAGAGAUGUCAUCUUUCUCCCGUCACUGGCAGCAGAAUUCCACCAGAACCCUAAAGAUGUCUACUCUGACUUUAAAGACCUGAUCGGCCAGAUCUUGAUGGAGGUAUUAAUGAUGUCCACGCAGUCACGUGUCCACAACCCCUUUGCAAGCUUGACCGCCACCUCUCAGCCAAUUGCAGCAGCCAAAUCCCCUGACCACCGCCUGACACUGGUGCAGCCCUCCAGCCAAGGUGGAAGCCCCAUGGGCCCCAGUGCAGGAUCUUUUGGAGCCAGCUCUCUGUCCAGUCUUGGUGCAUGUGGAGGGGGGAUGUCCUGCGAUUCAACCAGCGACCGCUUCACCAUUGAAACGUGCAAAGAGACAGAGAUGCUGAACUACCUCAUUGAGCGUUUUGACAGUGUUGGUAUGGAGGAGAGGAAAGCUCCCAAGAUGUGUAGCCAACCAAAUGUCAGCCAGCUUCUCAGCAACAUUCGCUCUCAGUGUAUUUCCCAUGUUGCCCUGGUUCUGCAAGGUGCCCUGACCCAGCCUCGGAGCCCUCUUCAGCAGUCUCUCUUGGUACCAUAUAUGCUGUGUCGGAACCUGCCAUUUGGCUUUAUUCAGGAGCUGGUGCGCAUUACUCACCAGGAGGAAGAAGUAUUCAGACAGAUCUUCAUUCCCAUCCUCCAUGGUCUGGCUCUGGCAGUGAAAGAAUGUUCCUUUGACAGUGACAACUUUAAAUUCCCCCUCAUGGCAUUAGCUGAAUUAUGUGAAAUAAAAUUUGGGAAGACUCAUCCAGUGUGCAAUUUGGUGACAUCGCUGCCUCUAUGGUGUCCUAAACCACUGAGCCCUGGUUGUGGCAGAGAGAUCCAGAGACUGUCCUACCUGGGAGGAUUCUUCAGCCUUUCUGUCUUUGCUGAGGAUGAUACCAAAGUCGGAGACAAGUAUUUCUCUGGCCCAGCCAUCACCAUGGAGAACACACGAGUUGUCAGCCAGUCUCUGCAGCACUACUUGGAGUCAGCAAGGGGCGAUCUGUUCAAAGUUCUCCACAACAUUCUAUUGAAUGGAGAGACGCGCGACUUGGCUCUUAACUACAUGGCAGCUCUUGUCAACUACAAUGUGAAAAAAGCUCAGAUGCAGACUGACGACAAGCUGGUGUCGACAGAUGGCUUCAUGCUCAACUUCUUAUGGGUGCUGCAACAGCUGAGCAUGAAGAUCAAGCUGGAGACUGUGGACCCCUACUACAUUUUCCACCCACGAUGUCGCCUUGCUGUUAGCUCAGAGGAGACGCGCCUGAAGGCCACAAUGGAGGAACUCAAGAGUUGGCUGACGGAACUGCAUGAAGACCCCUCCAAGUUCUCAGAGCCCAAGUUUCCCACCGAGUGUUUCUUCUUGACUCUACACACCCACCAUUUGUCUAUCCUGCCUGGCUGCAGGCGCUACAUUCGCAGGUUGCGAGCUAUCCGGGAACUAAACAGGACUGUAGAGGAACUGAAGAACAGUGAAAGCCAAUGGAAAGAUUCUCCGUUGGCAAGUCGACACAGAGAGAUGCUAAAGCGAUGUAAAACCCAGCUCAAGAAACUGGUGCGAGCCAAAGCUUGUGCUGACGUGGGCCUUCUGGAUGAGAACCUGCUCCGCAGAUGUCUGCAGUUCUACAGCACAGUCAUCCAGCUCAUCCUCCGCAUGGUGGACCCUGCCUACCCUAACAUUACCCUGCCGCUGAACCCUGAGAUUCCAAAAAGCUUUGCUGCUCUGCCUGAGUUCUACAUUGAAGAUGUUGCUGAGUUUCUGCUUUUUGUUGUGCAGUAUUCUCCCCAGGUUUUAUAUGAGCCGUGUGUUCAGGAUAUUGUCACCUUCUUGGUGGUGUUCAUCUGCAGCCAGAACUACAUCAGGAACCCCUACCUUAUCGCCAAGUUGGUGGAGGUGCUGUUCGUCACUAACCCUGCUGUACAGCCCCGUACUCAGCGAUUCUCUGAAAUGAUGGAGAACCAUCCACUGUCUGUCAAACAGCUGGUCCCUGCCCUCAUGAAGUUUUACACAGAUGUUGAGCACACCGGAGCCACCAGCGAGUUCUACGAUAAGUUCACUAUACGGUACCAUAUCAGUACUAUCUUUAAGAGUCUUUGGCAGAACAUUGCCCACCAUGGAACCUUCAUGGAGGAGUUCAACUCUGGCAAGCAGUUUGUGCGCUACAUCAACAUGCUUAUUAACGACACCACCUUCUUGUUAGACGAAAGCCUUGAAUCCCUGAAGCGUAUCCAUGAGGUUCAAGAAGAGAUGAAGAAUAAGGAGCAGUGGGAGCAGCUGCCAAGGGAACAGCAGCAGAGCCGCCAGUCCCAGCUGACUCAGGACGAGCGGGUGUCUCGCUCUUAUCUGGCCCUGGCCACAGAGACAGUUGAAAUGUUCCACAUACUCACCAAGCAAGUUCAGAAGCCUUUCCUCAGACCUGAGCUCGGACCUCGUUUAGCUGCAAUGCUUAACUUUAACCUCCAGCAGCUCUGUGGUCCCAAAUGUCGUGACUUGAAGGUGGAGAACCCAGAGAAAUAUGGCUUUGAGCCCAAGAAGCUCCUGGACCAGCUGACUGACAUCUACCUGCAGUUAGAUUGUGCACGCUUUGCUAAAGCUAUUGCAGAUGACCAGCGGUCCUACAGCAGAGAGCUUUUUGAGGAAGUGAUCUCUAAGAUGAGGAAAGCUGGUAUAAAAUCCUCCAUAGCCAUUGAAAAAUUCAAGCUGCUGUCUGAGAAGGUGGAGGAAAUCGUCGCCAAGAACUCCCAGUCUGAAAUGGACUACAGUGAUGCUCCUGAUGAGUUCAAAGACCCUCUGAUGGACACACUGAUGACUGACCCUGUGAUGCUGCCUUCUGGGAAUAUCAUGGACCGAUCCAUCAUCUUGCGCCACCUGCUCAACUCCCCCACCGAUCCCUUCAACAGGCAGCCGCUCACUGAGAGCAUGCUGGAGUCAGUCCCUGAACUGAAAGAGAGGAUCCAUGCAUGGAUGAGAGAGAAACAGGGGGGUCGGCUUGUCUAAGGACUUCAUGUCACCAACAACUGGCCUGCUAAACAUCAUUUAGGGAUUUGUCUGAAAUCGUCUACGUUUCACCUUCAUCUUCAACAACAACAACAACAAAACAUUUUUAAUGAAAAAAAAGGAGACCUGAUUUUUUUUUUUCCUGCAUUUACCCCUUUUUGUCUCAAACCAUUAUCAUGGUUCUAAAAACAAAACAUAAUAAAGUUAAGACUUCUAAGUUUUCUCAUGAGUUUGUGUAUAUAUUAAAAUAUAUACAUAUAUUGAAAACAGUUCAUCAUAAUGCUGCAAGAAUACCAUGACCAACAGGUUUACCAGCGAGGUGCAUUAGGUCACUUCAGUGUCCAGUUUCCUUUACUCAUUUGUUUUGUAAUACUGUGUAUGUGGAUUUCAUCAAAGCCUUCGAAUUACUAUAGGGAGAAGGGAUCGUAAUGUAUGUGGGAGAGCUGGGGGAGGGUCUGAUAAAAUUACUAGCCCCUAGAUUCCAAUAAUUAGACUGUGACAGACAAACUUGGGUCCAGUGUGUUUGCUGGUGUCUCAGAGCUAACAAGUAUAAUGCACAGUCCAUUUGUGGUAGACAGAGCUCUAAACUAUAAAGGUAUCAGUAAAAGAAGUAGCUAAACAUGAACUAAUCCUAAAUGUCAGCUUCCUUUGGGUGAACCUGGAAGUUCAGAAGUAGUUCAGUGAAUACAUUAUGUUCAGCUGUUACUCUAAGUAACAUUUCUCUGCUGAUUUUAGUAGACUAAAUUUACUUGUGUGCUUAGUGUCGAAUUCAGAAUCUCGUAAGGGCCUCUGGGACAUUAAAAAAAAUCCCUCUUGUUAAAGCUCAAGGAAUAUGAGAGAAUGUAGCACGACCAGAAGAAACAACAUUUCAGAAGCGCACCAUCAACCAAGUCUGUGUAACAACCACUGACAUCCCUCCUCAAAAAUGGUCUCUUUAAAAUCACACUGUACGUAACUUGACCUUGCUGACCUUAACUGUACAGGAAAUGAUUUCCUUUAACCACAUAACUGUUUUGGAAGCUAGAAUUUUGAACUGAAAUAAAUGAUGAUGCACAUAUA